UUGAGCGAUAAACAGCAAAACAAAACAAAAAGUGAAAUCCAUUUAAUUAAAAGAAUACCCGGCAAAAUAAGCUCACGAUUAUUCGUUGAGCUCAGGAAGCACUGGUAAUUAGCAUAAAAGGCAGAAGGCAGAUAAAACAUUACACCACCGCGAUUCGCGGCUGUUCAUGGUAGAUCAUUUGUUGAUACACGUGCAAUCAGCUGAUUUUGAAUUGUUGAUAAUGGGUGUAUCAAAAAAAGGCCGGAAAUCGGCCAAAGAAUCUUUGAAAUCCUUACAAAAAGAUAAAGAAAAUAUAGCGUCGAAAACGCCUGUCGUCAAUGUAAGUAAGGCCAAUAAUGAUGUUAAUCCCUCUGAAAGAAAAAAUUCAAGGAAUUCAGGCAAGAAAACUCCUGAAAAUGUUCCCAAAACAGCCAAAAAGAGACGUUCCGCUAAGGAUACAGAUACCACAGCCUCUAAAAGACCAUGUAUAGAAGCUAAUUUUAACAAUAACGAGGAAAUGCAAUUCGCUAAAAAUUUAGUUGGUAAGCAAGGAACACCCGCAUUUAAUGAAUUCCUAAAUUUAUUAAUAGAGGAAAAAUGUCUGAAAGUUCUGAAAGAAAAAGGAAUAAAGACAGCAAGUAUGUCUAGUAUUUUGGAUAAAUCAUAUAAUAAUGCCAGCAAAGCCUUCAAAGAUCUGUAUAACCUGUGGCUUGAUAAACAUGGAAAUAGAACACAAUAUUUAACCACUUUGGAAAAGCAUGGCAUAAAUUUAUCAAAUAUGUCAAGCAUCUUAAGUGGAUCAGGAUCAAAUUCUGCAAAAUCGUUCAAAGAUUUAUUUGAUCUGUGGUUUGACGAGCAAGGAAAUAAAACACAAUAUUUAAAAGCUCUAGAAGAAGAAGGAAUUAAUUUACCGAAUAUGUCUGGUAUCCUAAGUAAAGCAGGAUCAAAUUCUGCAAAAGCUUACAAGGACUUGUUUGACCUGUGGUUUGACGAACACGGAAAUAAAACGCAAUAUUUAACUACUCUGGAAAAAGAAGGAAUAAAUCUGCCUAAUAUGUCCAGUAUUUUGAAUGGUGCGGGUUUAAAUGCUGUUAAAGCUUUUAAAGACUUGUAUGAUCUAUGGUUUGACCAUCAAGGAAAAAAAACACGAUACUUAAAUACUUUAGAAAAGGAAGGGAUAAAUCUAUCUAAUGUAUCCGGUAUUUUAAGCAAAGCAAAGGCAAAUGCUGCGAAAUCAUUUAAAGACUUGUAUGACAUCUGGUUCGAUGAGCAAGGCAAUAAAACGAAAUAUUUAAAGACUCUGGAAAAGCAAGGGAUAAAUUUAAGAAAUGUAUCUAGUAUUUUGGGUGGAGCAGGAUCAAAAGCAGCGAAGGCUUUUAAAGACUUGUAUGACCUGUGGUUCAAUGAAAAUGGCCGUAAAACUCGACAUUUAAGAUCUCUUGAAGAAAACGGAAUUAGUUUACCAAAUAUAUCCAGUAUACUACACAGGGCAGGAUCAAAUGCGGCAAAGGCCUUUACAGAUUUAUAUGACCUGUGGUUCGAUGAACAAGGUAACAAAUCCCACUGUUUGAAAACCUUAGAAAUAGAAGGGAUAAGUCUUACAAGCAUAUCCGAUAUUCUACAUGGAGCAGGUUCUAAUGCGGCAAAAUCUUUCAAAGAGUUGUAUGAAUUGUUGUUCGACGAUCAAGCGAACAGAACACAGUUUUUGAAAACAUUAGAAAAGGAGGAAAUAAAUCUGGCCAAUAUAUCUAGUAUUUUAAGUGGAUCUGGCUCUAAUGCUGCGAAAGCCUUUAAAGACUUAUUUAACUUGUGGUUUGACGAAGAUGGAAAGAAGGCUAAAUAUUUAAAAUGUUUGGGAACUGAAGGAAUAACCCUAUCAAACAUGUCCAGUAUAUUAAGUAAAUCAGGGUCUAAUGCUCCCAAAGCUUUCAAAAACUUGUAUAGCAUUUGGUUUGAUGAAAAUGGAAAGAAAACCCGACAACUAAAAGCUCUAGAAAAUGAAGGAGUUAACAUUGAAAACGUUUCAAGUAUCUUACAUGGUGGGGGGUUGAAUGCUCCUAAAGCCUUUAAAGAGUUAUGUGAUCUUUGGUUUGACGACGACGGAAAGAAGACACAAUACCUAAAAACCCUCGAAAAAGAAGGAGUAAAUCUUACUAAUAUGUCCAGCAUUUUAAGUGGAUCAGGAAUUAACGCUCCAAAGUCAUUUAAGGAUUUAUACAAUGCUUUUUUCGAUGAAAAAGGAAAGAAAACCCGACAUUUAAAGCAUUUAAUAAAGAGAAAGGAAGAGGAGAAUUUUACUAUGCAUAAUAUAUCCGGUAUUUUGAGUGGAUCGGGAGCUAAAGCCGUAGAUGCUUUUAAGGAAUUCCACAACGCCUGCUUUAAUGAGGAUGGAAAAAGAACCAAACUAUUAGAUGAUUUCUAUAAUAUAGGCUUUAAGCCAAGUAACCUAUCCUCCAUUUUAUGUAGAGGAGGAAUUCGUGCUUCUUUCAUUUUAAAAACCUUCUAUAGUGUUUGUUUUAAUGAAGAAGGAGAAAAGUCAAAACUUUUACAUGAUUUCUAUGAUAUAGGUUUUAAGCCAGUGGAUUUAUGUAGUUUAUUGAGUGGAACAGCAGGUGGCUUAGAAAGACUGCACGAAUUUUGCUUUUUGGGAAAGUCAAAGAAGUAUCUUAGUCAUUUCUUACAUGAUAUAGAAGGCUUUUCGCUGAGUAAUUUGUGUAACAUAUUACACGGAGCAGAAGAUAACGCUUGUUCGGCUUUAAAAGAUUUUCAUGAUAUUUGUUAUGACAGCAGAGGUAAAAGAACCAUAUUUUUAGAUAAUUUUUAUAAUGCUAAUUUUAGUUCAAGUGAUUUGGCUGGUAUAUUGUCCAUGACUGGAAAUAAUGCAUCUUCUAUUUUAAGAAAUUUUCAUCAAUCUUGCUUUAAUAGUGAAAAUUAUUUAAAACACUUCCUAGCUAAAAAAAAAGUUUUCAAGCCAAAAGAUUUAUGUAAAAUAUUAUAUGGUGCAGGUACUUAUGUUUGUACUACCUUUGAAAAAUUGCAUCGUCUAUGUUUUGAUGAAGCAGGAUCCAAAACAAGUUAUUUAAAAAAUCUUAUGAAAAAUUACCCAUCGAAUGAGAUAAUUUAUAUACUAUACCAAAAACUAAGAAAAUCUUCUUCUACUUUAAUAGAUUAAACAUAGUUUCCAAAUUUUUUAGUGGAAUAUAAAAUAGGAGAAUGUUUAUAUCAUUACCCUUUUUUAUUACAUUAAUAAUAGAACAGUUUAAGAAUUAUUCAUUUAAAUCAAAAUAGCUCAAGAUAAGUAUA